AUGGAUUUCGACCCUAAGAGUAUCGCUUUAAACUACACCAUUCCCUUUUAUGGAGUUCAAUCAAUCACAUUUUCCCAAUUGGACCAUCAUGCAAACAUUAUGGCCAAUUAUUCCAUCACAAAUGGUUGUUCAAUCACUGCAUGUGCUUUUGCAUUGGUGUUACUGUUUUUAGUAAUCAAGAACAAGAAAACCCCGAUUUUUGUGUUGAACCAGAUCAUUUUAACUGUUUCGAUUGUUAAAUCUGCCUUAUUUUUGGGUUACCAAUUAGGUCCUUUGGGUUCAAUCACAAGCACUUUCACUGGGAUGGUCGCUUAUGAUGACAGGAAUUUGUAUAAGAUGAGUAUUGCCGGUAAUGCUAUGAUGAUCAUAUUGAUUUUUUUGAUCCAGUUAUCAUUUGCUUAUCAAACUUGGAUAAUCUUUCAAAGUCCAGAAGUGAAGAUUUAUGGCUAUCUUACUACUUUUGUUGCUAUCUUACUCAUGGGAACCACCUUUGGACUUUUUGUCACAAGGGCAGUUUAUACCACUCGAUUCUAUGAAUCGAUUGACGCAGAAGUGCCUGGAUGGAUUCUGGGUUUACCACAAAUAGUCUUUUCAGCUUCGGUAAACUAUAUGAGUCUCAUUCUUGUGUUGAAGCUUAUAUUUGCUAUUAGAACCAGAAGAUAUUUAGGAUUGAAGCAAUUUUCAUAUUAUCAUAUUUUGACAAUAAUGUUUACCCAAACCAUGCUUAUUCCAACAGUCUUGGCUUUUUCGGCUUAUAGUAGCUAUUCCUUGGAUUAUGGUGAUUUAUUGAACCACUUGAGCUUGUCCUUGAUAGCCUUAUUAUUACCAUUCACGUCAAUUUGGUCAAGUUUAGCCAACAAUUCCAGGAAUUUGUCUUCCAAUGGUUUAAUCUAUUUAACCAGUACUUCAAGUAGUUCAACUGACUCUACAGUGACAUCCCCGAUAGAUGAAAAGACUUUAGCUGAUAGCUAUUCAUUCUUCCCAGAAAAGUUAUUGAAGUUCAAAACUAAUGGCUCGGCCAUUAGUGACCAAACUAAAGAUAGUAGAAGUAAUUCGUUCAUGGAUAGCCUUCCAAACGAGAUCCUUCAGAUUUUGAAAGACGAAGAGAAUAAUUUAGAGAGUACUACUAUUUGCAAACACUUCAGUUCUGUUUCCAAAGAUACUAUUGAUAAAUUAGAUAGUGCCGUUUUGGUUGAACAGGUAUUCAAUCAUAAGUAG